UCCUUUUAAGCCAGCACUUUUCCGAGGGAGGACUUUGCUGGAGCUAGAAGUAUACAAACAGUCAGUCACACACACACGGACACACACACACCUCCUGACCCGGCGCUUGUACAGAGGAAAGACUCUUCGCUACAUACUUUAACACAGCACAUCGUGGUAUCCUGACAUCAAGAUGGCAAACAAGGGUCCCCAGGUAGGCAUGGCCAACAAAGGUCCAUCUUAUGGCAUGAGCCGUGUGGUGCAGGACAAGAUUGACAAGAAGUACGACGCUGAGGUGGAGGAGCUUUUGGUGCAGUGGAUUGUGGCCCAGUGUGGAUCUGGAGUUGGGAAGCCCGAAUCUGGCAAACUGGGCUUCCAGGACUGGCUUAAGGACGGAUGUGUCCUGAGUGAGCUCAUUAACAGUCUGCAUAAGGACAACAAGCCCAUCAAAAAGAUAGCCAGCUCAAGCAUGGCCUUCAAACAGAUGGAGCAGAUCUCACAGUUCCUAACUGCUGCCGAGAGCUUCGGUGUCAUCAAGACCGACAUGUUCCAGACCGUGGACCUCUGGGAAGGGAAGGAUUUGGCUGCAGUCCAGAGGACACUGAUGUCCCUCGGCAGCGUGGCGGUCACCAAGGAUGACGGCAAUUACCGCGGCGACCCCAACUGGUUCUUCAAGAAAGCCCAGGAGAACCGGAGGGAGUUCACAGACGACCAGUUGAAGGCGGGGAAGGGUGUGAUUGGCCUGCAGAUGGGCUCCAACAAAGGGGCGAGCCAGACUGGCAUGUCGUACGGGGCCACCCGACAGAUCCAAUAAUAACAACCAAACCACUGACCCUUGUCCUUUCCCUUCUCCACCACACCCUGCACUGCCCUCUCAACCCCCCUUCGCCCUCUCACUGCAGCUACGACAGGCCCCAUAGAUGAAGUCUUAAUGGCUCAAAUCAACUUUAUCCCAGUGUAGUAGGAACAGUCUCACUAGUACCACACAACACUAUGACCAGCCCAAUAUUACAACCCAAAUCUACACUGCAAAUACCAUAUGUGAAAUGUGAGUCUUAAGGUGAAAAGGGCAACAUGCAUAUACAGCUGUCAAUCACUCAUCGUCAAACGCAAUUCUCAUGUUUACAUGAGACUGAUAUCUGAAUCAUAGAGAAGGCACUGAAGCGACCAAACUACGCCUUCUUAGUACAAGGACAUUCUAUCCAAAUGUAGAAACAUUGAGAGAUUGCUUGAGAGGUCGUUUGAAAAAUGCCAAAUAAAAGGAAGGAAAUGAGGUUGAAGUUCA